CGCGUUCGAUUGCGAAUCCCAGGCCUUGAUUAAUCAAUGUUCCAACGUGCACUGCAUCCGGUGCAGGCAGGUGUCAAGUAUCGGCAGGUAAGCUUUGCGGGGGGCUGUAACCUCGUCUAGUUAGGCAAGCGUAGAUAAGCUUUACGGGGCCAUCAACUAUAUUUGCGCCUUCGCACCGAGGAUCCAGCACAGGUCGAGUCGAUUCUCUGCAAACGCACGAUCGAUCACCGAUUUCCAUCAUGACCGCCGACUUUGAAAGCCGUAGCGACCUCGUUGCUGUGUUUGACCCUAAACAAGACCCACAAGUUGCUGGAGUGCAAGCCGGCCAGAUCACACGUCGACACGAUCCAAGCAUCGGGGAGACCUCGUCGUUGCGAAACAGCUGCGAUGCUUGUGCACAGGCCAAGCUGAAAUGCAAAAAAGAGAAGCCCACAUGCUCGCGGUGUGCGAAACGGGGGAUCCCUUGCCAGUAUCUGUACAGCAAGCGUGCAGGCCGGAAACCUUCGAAGCCCAACAAUAAUACAGGCAGUGAACAGCACGAAGCUUCCCAGACUUCCCAGAAUAACACUCCACUCCAUGCGGAUGCCAGUUACGAUUACUUUGGCACUGGCUUGCAGCAGUUCGUAUCGGCAACAGGUGGGACAACUCCAUCUGUCCUCUCAGACCUGAAUCUCUCCGAGCUUCUCGACUUCAGCACUGUUCCUGGCUUGGAGCUUGGGAAAGCUGAGUUGUCCUCUGAGCUUGACGGAUCAUGGGCGGCAAAUCCUGGCAGUAGUAGCAGCAGUGGAAGCAGUCUUGAGGACCCAGGCGGAGACAUUCCAAUGGGCGAUUUCUCAAUGGAUGGCGAUUUCUUUGCGAGCAAUUCAUUACCGGACCCUUACAACCUGUCGACCAUAUUCUCUGGUUCAGGAGAUCGCGACUUGCACGAUGUCAUGAGUCCUGAGGCAAAUUGUCCCUGCUUACAGCGCGCUCUGCAGGACAUGCAAAGGGUAUCAGGCCUCACGUCAAGUGUGGGCGGGGUGUGGUCCGGCACCACCGUCGAUGGCCGUGCUAUGCUCCGAACGUCACUGGAUGUCGUGAAGGAGAACAAAGACAUCUUGCGAGGGAUUCUCCACACUCUAGCUUGUCCAGGACCCCACAACGGCCACCUGCUCGCACUUCUGACAUUCGUCCUAUCCAGCGUCGUCAAUUUGUACGCCAUCAUCACUUCAUCAAGGCCACCGCCUGCAUCAGGUCAACAACCACCCGUGCCGAACAUGGACCGCUCAAGUAGCGUGAGCUCUUUGGCUAGUCUGGGAGACUACAAUGCUGACCAGGAAGAUCCCGUACAUGCGGCCGCAUACAUCGUCUUUGGGGAGCUGCAGCAGCUUCGCAAGUCUUGUGAGCAGCUCGCGCAUCGACUCAAAGAUCACGCAAUAUUGCAAGAUGGCUCGGCCGCAAGCCGAUUCGGCGGGAAAAUCCAGCCGUCGUUAUCGGCUAACAUCUGUCGUACGUUAGAGACAGAUCUUAACAGACUUUUCAAAGAGCUGGCUCUUGCAGUUAUCCAGAAAUUGACAUGAUUGUUCUCGAACGAUGGCAGAUGCGAAUAUAGCUUAUGUUACCAGGGAGCGAGA